AUGUCGGAUUCCAGUUUACAUGACCAAAUGAAGAAUAUUGGCCUCUCAUUAAAUUCGACUGCGAGUUUUCGGGGUGGCUUAAUUGUCAGUGAUUUUUAUGAUUUGUAUAAUGCAGGUGAUAUUGCUUGGGUUAUGAUUUCAACUGCCCUUGUACUUCUCAUGAUUCCUGGAGUCGGACUUUUUUAUUCGGGUCUAGCGCGUCGAAAGUCUGCCCUCUCUCUCAUCUGGUUAUCCAUUAUGGCUGCAGCCAUUGUUUCUAUCCAAUGGUUUUUAUGGGGCUACUCUUUGGUCUUUUCGCGUGGUGCGAGCAGGUACAUCGGUAAUCUGGAGAAUAUCGGCUUCCGGAAUAUCCUUGAUGCGCCGUCCAUCAGCUCCCUCAAAGUCCCCGAUCUUCUAUUCGCCGUUUAUCAGAGCAUGUUUGCUGCUAUUACCGUAGCUCUUGCUGUGGGUGCAGUAGCCGAAAGAGGUCGAAUGCUUCCUGCCCUGGUCUUCAUACUUGUAUGGUCCACCAUAAUCUACGACCCAAUAGCUUGCUGGUCAUGGAAUCCAUCGGGCUGGGUUUAUACCAUGGGCGGUCUGGAUUUUGCUGGCGGAACUCCCGUCCACAUUUCAUCUGGCUGUGCUGCCUUGGCCUAUUCAAUUAUGCUAGGUAAACGCCGUGGUCAUGGAACUGGGGGUCUAAGCUAUCGCCCCCACAAUGUUACGCAUAUAGUUAUCGGAACUGUGUUUAUGUGGGUUGGCUGGUUUGGCUUCAAUGCUGGCUCAGCUCUUGCUGCAAACAUGCGUGCUAUCAUGGCUGCUACAGUCACCAAUCUAGCAGCCUGCGUUGGCGGAUUCACAUGGUGCCUCUUGGAUUAUCGCCUUGAGCGUAAGUGGUCCACGGUUGGAUUUUGCUCUGGCGUAAUAGCAGGUCUAGUGGCCAUCACCCCUGGCUCUGGUUUUGUUCCUCCUUGGGCUGCCAUAAUAUUCGGUGUUGUAGGGGCCGCUGGAGCCAAUUAUGCUACGAAAUUAAAAUUUGUCUUUGGCAUCGAUGAUGCCUUAGAUAUCUUCGCUGAACACGCAGUAGGGGGGUUUAUAGGGAAUAUUCUCACUGCUUUCUUUGCUAGCCGCAAAAUUGCACACCUAGAUGGCUAUAGCCAAAUCUCUGGUGGCUGGCUGGACCAGCACUGGGAGCAACUUGGCUACCAGCUCGCCGACUCAUUGGCUGGCGGUGCCUAUUCAUUCUUUGGAACCUGCCUCAUCCUCUUCAUCAUGAACCUUAUACCUGGUCUAUCGUUACGCGCCACCGAGGAGUCGGAAAUUUUGGGUCUCGAUCAUGCCGAGAUUGGCGAAUUUGCCUAUGACUAUGUCGAACUUACGCGCGAGGUACUGCAUGACUCAGCAGAUAGCGACCGACAGUUUAGGUUUGGCACGGAGUGUGAAAUGAACCUACAAUCCCUCCAGCACCCAAAGCAUCUGGCGAGACCGAUAAGUAACUCUAUCGAUAACUCCAUUUAG